GAGAAGCUUGUAAAAACCGAAAUCUAUCUAUCUAUCUAUCAUCUCUUUACAUUUUCCCCCAAAAUUUCUCCCCUCUCUCUGUCUCCCCAGAUUUAGCCCUAAGCCGUUACCGCUCUCUCUCACUCUCUGAAUUUUCCCGGAAAACUGAACCACUUUCUGCCAAAGUUUUUCUUUGAUAUAAGUCAAUUGGUUCUGAAUAGAGAGACCUCUUCUCUCUUCCGAAUCCGAUUCUUGAAUUUGGGUGGAAAUAUAUAGAAAUCUAAACCUAGUUGCUGGAUUCCUUGCUUCUCCUUCUGUAUCUGGAAAACAGGGAGAGGAAGGAACGGAGACCUCUUUCCCUCGAGAUUUCUCUCCUGAAUCAAACAAUCUACUUCCGUUGACCAGAUCUUUCUCCAAUCUAUCAAUCUUCAUCUCCUCCACUAUGAGUUGAACCGUUUUGUUUUGUAUCUGAAUAAAGUUCUUGGUGAUUCGAUGGAGUUUUGCAAUUUGAGAUAUCAUCCAACCUGGGAUGUUUUACUUGUUGGUGUGAUUCUCAGCUUCCAUGGAUUCCUCUUCGUCCAAUCGCAACAAACUCAAUCGCCGCCACCUCCUCCUCCCAUAUUUUCCGUCGAAUCAGGUGGCAAUACGCCACCACCUCCGUUGCUUUUUGUGAUGCAAUCUCCGCCCUCGGAAUCAGGAGUCAACACGCCUCCUCCUCCUUCUCCUCCACCGUCUUCACAGGUCAACACGCCUCCUCCUCCUCCGCCGAUUACUCAAUCUACUACUACGCCUCCUCCUCCGCCUCAAUCCAGCGUUCCCAUUCUGACUCCUCCUCCUCCUCCAUCGCCACCGCCUCCUCCACCUUCACAACCACCGCCGCCGAGUCCAAAACCUCCUCCUCCUCCUCCGCGUGAACUAGCUCCACCUCCACAUUCUAACAGAAACAAAUCACGGAGGCUAAGUCCGCCUUCUCCACCUCCUCCACGGAUCUUCAAGCAGUCUGAGAAAAGUGGAUUAAACACAGGGAAGACGGUUGGUUUUGUAUUCGCUGGGUUUGCAGCAAUGUUGCAGAUAUGCGUUAUUGCCUUCUUGGUUUUCAAAAGAAAGCAGCUUUUAAGGAUGACUCAUACUUACUGAGAGAUGAUCAAUCAGCCCUCUUCCUCUGUAAAUGGGUACAUUCUCUGGGGUUUGACUAUGUUCCUUUUUUUUCUUUUCGUUAUAAUAUUUUUUUGUUCUUUUUAAGGUCGUGUAGUUUUUUUUUUCACAUUUACAUGAUGCCUAAUGAUGCUAACUAGAGUGAAAAAAGAGAGGUCGAGAGAAAGAAAAAAAAAAGAGUGGCUCUCAAGUCGUGUAACAUUGUUUUUUACCCAAUUCUGUGAGAG